GUCCUGUCUGAAUGGUCUGAAUCCAGCUGAAGGAGAUAACUGCAAAGAAUAAUUAAAACCUAUAAAGAAGAGUAAUUAUGGCUUUGACGUGGUCCGACAAGUACAGACUCAUUACCAAAAAUUUAUCAGAAUGGCUGGGAGAUGUAAAACUUAAGAAUAUCCUGAAGGAACGUGAUCUGAAGUUAUAUUGGGGUACAGCUACAACAGGAAAGCCUCAUAUUGGCUACUUUGCCCCCAUGUCCAAAAUAGCUGAUUUCUUACGGGCCGGAACUGAGGUGACAAUCCUCUUCGCAGAUCUUCAUGCGUAUUUAGAUAAUAUGAAAGCACCUUGGGAGCUUCUGGAACUUCGUACUCAAUAUUACGAGGCUGUGAUCAAAGCGAUGUUGAAAUCGAUUGGUGUGCCAUUGGAUAAGUUAAAAUUUGUCAAAGGUACAGACUACCAGUUGUCCAAGGAAUAUACGUUAGAUGUAUAUCGUCUGACUUCAUUGGUGACAGAGCACGAUGCGAAGAAAGCAGGUGCCGAAGUUGUUAAGCAAGUCUCUAAUCCACUGCUGUCAGGUCUUCUCUAUCCAAGUCUACAAGCGCUCGAUGAGCAUUAUUUAAAGGUGGACGCACAAUUUGGUGGCAUUGAUCAAAGAAAAAUUUUUACUUUCUCAGAGAAAUAUCUACCAAUGCUGGGUUAUGAAAAAUGUAUCCAUCUGAUGAAUCCGAUGAUUCCUGGUUUGGCAGGUGCUAAAAUGUCUUCAUCGGAGGAAGAUUCUAAGAUCGAUCUAUUGGAUAAUCCUGCAACAAUAAAGAAGAAGCUGAAGAAAGCAUUUUGUGAGCCGGGAAAUAUCACAGAUAACGGAGUUUUAACUUUCUGCAAACAUGUUGUAUUUCCAUUAUUCAAAGAUGAAGUUUUCAACAUAUCAAGAACUGCAGAAUUCGGUGGUGAUGUAUCCUUCUUUAAAUAUGAAGACUUGGAAGCCGCUUUUGCGAGCCAAGAAAUACACCCUGGUGAUUUAAAAAAUGCUGUAGAAGUGUACAUCAACAGACUCCUUGAUCCAAUAAGAAAGGAAUUUGAAGCAAACUCGAAACUGAAAUUACUUGCGAGCAAAGCAUAUCCUCCUCCACAGAAACAAAAAGCAGAGGCGGAAAUUACUCCCGCAAGACUAGAUAUUCGAGUGGGCAAAAUAGUCGAAGUGAAGAGGCAUCCUGAUGCGGACUCGCUAUAUGUCGAAAAAAUAGAUUUAGGUGAAUCAAAUGGUCCACGUACCAUAGUUAGCGGCUUAGUUAAUUUUGUACCUCUGAACGAGAUGGAAAACAGGAUGGUGGUAAUUCUUGCAAAUCUGAAGCCAGCAAAUCUCAGAGGAAUCUCAUCGCAUGGAAUGGUUCUCUGUGCUUCAGUUGAAGAACCAAUUAAGCAAGUGGAACCUUUAAGGCCUCCCACAGACAGCAUACCUGGCGAUAAAAUUGUUAUCGAGGGAUAUGAAGACGGAGUUGCGGAUGAUGUGUUAAAUCCCAAGAAAAAGGUGUGGGAGAAGUUGCAGGUGGAUCUUGUGGUAAAUGGAGAUGGCAUAGCUUCUUGGAGUGGAAAUCCAUUGCUCACUUCGACGGGUGGCAAGAUAACAUGUGACACACUAAAAAAUGUUCCGAUUAAAUAAUGUAUUUAUAUCUGACUUCAUCGUUCAUUAUAUUGGCUUUGGCUAACUAGGGAUAUUUAGCUAUUGUUUAUAUUUUUAUGAGAUAUCUUAUCUUUUUCAUAUUUUUUCAACAUAUUUAACGAACACGCGCACAUAAAUACAAAUGCAACAUCAGUCAAAGAAAUUUAACCAAAUUGGCAAACUUAUAAAUAAAUAGAUUCAAUAAACAGUUGCCUUUAUCGAUUGUCAUUUUCAAUAAAAUGUUGUCCUUAUCUUUCAAUACAAAUGUUGUGUAAUUGACUUUAAAAUCGUAACUGACAUUUUAGUAUCGCAAAGCAAUUUUUUUUUCAAUUCUUUUAGUUAUCUUUUUUUCAAUGUAAAUUUUUAAAUAAAUCAUCAAAUUUCUA